GCUAUGUUCGGAAACUGGAAAUUCACCUUCUCCAAAUCCAAGGCCAACGACGUGAUUGAGGCGCGAUUUAGUUUUUGCAUUUAAAUAAAUUAAUACAAAAAACAAACAAAAACAAUACUUCAAUUUGUUUGUUUUUUCUGUCCAAACAUUGUUUUCUCUGUUUCGUCGAAGCAGAUCGUAUCGGUUUUUCUCUCUUUUGUUUUCAGAUUCCAGUUUUUCAGUUGCUGUUUCCUGUUUUGAAUCUCGCGGAGGCAUUUUACAGAAGUUUUUAGUGUUUUUGCUUCGAGAUUGCAUGCAACUGUUUAGGCAGUUAACAGCUCUGUAAAUGGAUUGGAGGCUUGUAUAGAGAAUUUUAAAGGCACAAAAUGAAAGGAGAGUCAACUGGAUUGAUAGUUGGGAUCUCUAUAGGAGUGGUGAUAGGAGUGGUUUUGGCUAUUUCUGCACUGUUUUGCAUUAGGUACCAUAGGAAACGAACCCAGACGGGGAAUAUUAGUUCCCGUAGGGCAGCCAAUAUUCCUAUCCGUACAAAUGGUACUGAUUGUUGUAGUAUAUUAUCAGACUCAACCAUUGCUCCAGAGUCACCUGUGAAGUCUGGACAGAAUGGCAAAUCCAUGUGGCUUGAAGGGUUUAAGAGGAGCAAUGUGGUGUCAGCGUCUGGGAUUCCCGUGUAUUCUUUUAAGGAUUUGCAAAAGGCAACAUACAAUUUUACGACAUUAAUAGGGCAAGGUGCUUUUGGUCCUGUCUACAAAGCUCAGAUGUCAACCAGUGAGACUGUUGCUGUUAAAGUGCUUGCAACUAAUUCUAAACAAGGAGAGAGGGAAUUCCAGACAGAGGUCAUGUUAUUAGGAAGGUUGCAUCAUAGAAACCUGGUGAAUUUAGUUGGAUAUUGUGCAGAAAAGGGCCAGCACAUUCUUAUAUAUGUCUACAUGAGUAAAGGCAGCUUGGCUUCUCAUUUGUACAGUGAAAAUCAUGAACCAUUAAGCUGGGAUAUGAGGGUUUAUAUUGCCUUAGAUGUAGCAAGGGGAUUGGAAUAUCUACAUGAUGGAGCAGUUCCUCCAGUUAUACAUAGGGACAUUAAAUCUUCCAAUAUUCUGUUGGAUCAUUCCAUGAGAGCCAGGGUAGCUGAUUUUGGGCUUUCAAGAGAAGAGAUGGUAGAUAAACAUGCGGCCAAUAUAAGGGGAACAUUUGGAUAUCUUGACCCUGAGUAUGUAUCUACGAGGAAGUUCACCAAGAAAAGCGAUGUUUAUAGUUUCGGAGUGUUGCUCUUUGAACUUAUAGCUGGCAGAAACCCUUUACAAGGUCUCAUUGAAUAUGUUGAGCUUGUAAGAUAUCUUUCUCUGUUUCUCUCAGGCUGCAAUGGACACCGAGGGGAAAACAGGAUGGGAGGAAAUUGGAGAUUCUCGUUUGGAUGGGAAUUUCGAUGUGCAAGAGCUCAAUGAAGUGGCUGCUCUUGCUUAUAGAUGUGUCAACCGUAACCCAAGAAAACGGGCAUCCAUGAGAGACAUUGUACAAGUGCUGUCGAAAGUCCUUAAAAUGAGGCACAGUAGGAGGCAUCACAGAAAGUCUCAUUCUGCCACCACAGAUGACUUGUCUGUUGAUCUCGAACAAGGAACAAAGACUCCAAUCCCUGAACACCGGCGAGAAGAGUCCAUUGAUAGUGCAGCUGAAACACCUGAUGUUUAGACUAUGGAGUUUUCAUUUAUUUGUUCAUUAAAAUCCUUAAUUUUGGUUCUUGCUUUGUGAUAUAAUUGCAGCUUAGAGGAGCUAGGACACCCAAGUAGUUUUGAUUUCUGAUAGUGCUAGGAGAGAGAAUCGCUGUUUGUAAUUUUGUUAAAUAUGUAUAGGUCCGGUCCGAAGGGCAGAAAGGGAAUUACAUUUUGUAUAUAUCGUGAUUUGGUAACUAUUAAUUAUAAGACAGAUCACAUUGAAACA